UCUAUUAUAGGAGUGCUGGCGGCCCCCUCCGUUCUCACAGCGUCUCAGAGCCGCGGAGCGUCACAUGUGACCAUGACCAUCCUGCCCUUCAGCUUCCUCUUCCUCCUCCUCUGCCUCCCAUCCCUCACCGAGGCCAAGCGACAACCCGGUCAGGGAAAACCUGAAAAACCCCGGGAGCCCCCGCCGUCACCAGUACCAGCCAAGAGACCCCGGAACCGCUCAGUCCCCGGGUCUGGAGAACUGAGCACUAAGGAUGGGCAUCGCUGUAUCUGGCAAACAUCUGGUGAAGGCCUGGUGAGCCUGAUGGUGAACUGCACCACCGAGACCGCAGAGCAGCACAGGUACUGGUGUCGCUACGCUGGUAAGCCAGACCUUUGCCAGGCCUACGGGGUUAAAUCCAGUCAGUACUGGAAGCAACUGGUGGGGAAACUGAAGAAGAGGCAGAACGCCUGCGAAGGAGAGAAAGUCCUGAAGGCCAAGACCUGCAAGAAGGCACCAGCUGAAGCCCACAUGAAGCUAGCCCAACACAGCGGAGACGACGAUAAAAAGGCCGGGAAAAAGAAGGGGGUGGCGCCCAGGAAGAACUCGGACGGAGGGAAGGCAGACAAGAAGAAGAAGGAAGAAGAUGAGGAAGAAGAGAAGAAGAAGAGAGAGGAGAGGACUGGUUUUGAUGAGGAGGGGGUGGUGAAUGACAUGGAGCCGGUGCAGAGCUACUGCAGCCAGGGGUGGCACUCCGUCUGCUCAUUCUUUGUCAGGUUUUUUGAGGGCUGAUGAGUUUAAAAAAAAAAAAUCUACACUUCAUUUCACAUUAUUUCCAAAA